AUGAUUGGCCAUUCAAACAAACCUGACAUCAUGAUUAGCCAUUCAAACAAACCUGACAUCAUGAUUGGCCAUUCCAACAAACCUGACAUCAUGAUUGGUCAUUCCAACAAACCUGACAUCAUGAUUGGUCAUUCCAACAAACCUGACAUCAUGGUUGGCAAUUCCAACAAACCUGACAUCAUGAUUGGCCAUUCCAACAAACCUGACGACAUGAUUGACCAUUCCAACAAACCUGACAUCAUGAUUGGCCAUUCCAACAAACCUGACAUCAUGAUUGGCCACUCCAACAAACCUGACAUCAUGAUUGGCCAAUAUGACAAACUUGACAUCAUGAUUAGCCAUUCCAACAAACCUCACAUCAUGAUUGGCCAUUCAAACAAACUUGACGACAUGAUUGGUCAUUCCAACAAACCUGACAUCAUGAAUGGUCAUUCCAACAAACCUGACAUCAUGAUUGGCCAUUCCAACAAACUUGAUGACAUGUUUGGUCAUUCUAACAAACCUGACAUCAUGAUUGGUCAUUCCAACAAACCUGACAUCAUGAUUGACCAUUCCAACCAACCUGACAUCAUGAUUGGCCAUUCCAACAAACCUGACAUCAUGAUUGACCAUUCCAACAAACCUGACAUCAUGAUUGGCCAUUCAAACAAACCUGAUAUCAUGAUUGGCCACUCCAACAAACUUGACAUCAUGAUUGACCAUUCCAACAAACCUGAUAUCAUGAUUGGCCACUCCAACAAACCUGACAUCAUGAUUGACCAUUCCAACAAACCUGACAUCAUAAUUGGCCAUUCCAACAAACCUGACAUCAUGAUUGACCAUUCCAACAAACCUGACAUCAAGGUUGGCCAUUCCAACAAACCUGAUAUCAUGAUUGGCCACUCCAACAAGCCUGACAUCAUGAUUGGCAAUUAUGACAAACUUUUAAAACUAGCGCCGAAGGCGCAUAUUAGUUUUUAUGUUUAUAUAAGAGAUUGCAUACUUACCUUUGGUUAA